ACUUCAUCACUGACGUCACAAUGCGCAAUCUUUUGUCUUCUUUCCGUGGCAAACGAAAGGCUAACCGAAUUAUGGGAUUCUUUACCUUCCUAAAAAGUCGUCCAAUAUUUUGGUUUAGUGUAACUGGCACUACAGUUGGCUUAGCAUGUGGCAUAAAGGAUCUUAUGCAAGGCGGUGAAUUCACCACAAAGACCAAUGAAACUGGAAGAGUUGUGAUUGUAACCGGAGCAAAUACGGGUAUUGGCAAGGAAACAACAUGGGAACUGGCAAGAAGAGGAGCUACAGUCUAUAUGGCCUGUAGGGAUAUGAAUAAAUGUGAAGAGGCUAGAGCUGAAAUCGUUAAAGAUACGCAAAACAAAUAUGUUUACUGCCGGCAAUGUGAUUUGGCCAGUUUGGACUCCAUUCGACACUUUAUUGCAGAAUUCAAGCGGGAGCAGGACCAACUCCAUGUGCUAAUCAACAAUGCUGGAGUGAUGCGUUGUCCACGAUCUGUGACAAAAGAUGGCUUUGAAAUGCAAUUGGGUGUCAAUCAUAUGGGACACUUUUUGCUGACCAACCUGUUAUUGGAUCUACUAAAGAAAUCUGCUCCCAGUCGAAUUGUAAAUGUCUCCAGCUUGGCUCAUACCCGCGGCGAAAUUAACACAGCUGACCUGAAUAGCGAAAAAUCCUAUGAUGAGGGCAAGGCCUACAAUCAGAGUAAAUUGGCCAAUAUCCUGUUCACUCGCGAACUGGCCAAGCGUCUGGAGGGCACCUGUGUGACGGUUAAUGCCCUGCAUCCGGGCAUUGUGGACACUGAACUCUUUAGACAUAUGGGCUUCUUUAAUAGUUUUUUUGCUGGAUUAAUUUUCAAACCUUUGUUUUGGCCUUUUGUCAAGUCGCCCCGAAACGGGGCACAAACUAGUCUCUAUGUCGCGCUGGAUCCCGAAUUGGAGCAAGUAACUGGCCAAUACUUUGCCGACUGUCAAUUGCAGCAGCCGGCACCAGCAGCCACAGAUGUGCAAACAGCCAAAUGGCUUUGGGCAGUCAGCGAGAAAUGGACAAGUUCACAAAUAUUAAAAGUUAAUUCACCCAAAGCGACUGAGCAAUAAAAAAAAAACAUUUUUUUUACAAAAACCUGAA